GGGCCGGCAGAUGAGGAUGGCAAUGUCUGUGAUCCAAGCGUGCCGCAGCCUGGCGCUCUCAACAUGGCUGCUGUCCUUUUGUUUCGUGCAUCUGCUGUGCCUGGACUUCACCGUGGCCGAGAAGGAGGAGUGGUACACGGCCUUCGUCAACAUCACCUACGCCGACCCGGCGGGCGGCGGCGCCGAGCUCCGCAGCGAGAAGAGCGAGUGCGGGCGCUACGGCGAGCAGUCGCCCAAGCAGGACGCCCGCGGGCAGGUGGCCCUGUCCGCCUCGCCCGCCGACCGCUACGCCUGCGACCCCGGCACCCGCUUCAACGCCCCGGCGCCGGGCAAGAGCUGGGUGGCCCUGAUCCCGCGGGGAAACUGCACCUACAAGGACAAGAUCCGCCACGCCGCCGCCCAGAACGCCUCCGCCGUCGUCAUCUAUAACGUGGGCUCCAGCAACGCCAACGAGACCAUCACCAUGCCGCACGCAGGCCUAGAAGACGUGGUAGCAAUAAUGAUUCCCGAGCCCAAAGGCAAGGAGAUAGUGAGCCUGCUGGAGAGGAACAUCACGGUGAUGAUGUACAUCACCAUCGGGACGCGCAACCUGCAGAAGUACGUCAGCCGCACCUCGGUGGUGUUCGUCUCCAUCUCCUUCAUCGUGCUGAUGAUCAUCUCCCUGGCAUGGCUGGUCUUCUACUACAUCCAGAGGUUCCGCUACGCCAACGCCAGAGACAGAAAUCAGCGGCGCCUUGGAGAUGCUGCGAAGAAAGCAAUCAGCAAGCUGCAAGUCAGGACUAUCAGGAAAGGUGACAAGGAAACUGAGCCAGACUUUGAUAACUGUGCUGUUUGUAUCGAAGGCUACAAGCCCAAUGAUGUUGUCAGGAUAUUGCCUUGCAGGCAUCUGUUCCACAAGUCCUGUGUGGACCCCUGGCUGCUGGACCAUCGCACCUGCCCGAUGUGCAAAAUGAAUAUUCUAAAAGCUCUGGGGAUUCCGCCCAAUGCAGACUGCAUGGAUGACAUACCGCCAGACCUGGAGGCGUCCAUCGGGGGCCCUCCGACGAACCAGAUCACGGGGGCCAGCGACACCACGGUGAACGAGAGCUCCGUGGCCCUGGACCCCCCUGCCCGGAGCGUGGGAGCGCUGCAGGUCAUCCAGGACGGGCCCUCCUUCCCCCAGCCCGCCGAGGGCACCUUCCCUGCCACCAAUGAGCAGGAGCCAGCAGUCAGCAGUGAUUCGGAUAUCUCAUUGAUCAUGGCCAUGGAGGUUGGACUCUCCGACGUGGAGCUUUCCACGGAUCAGGACUGUGAGGAGGUGAAAUCCUGAAAACAGAGGUCCAGCACCAAACCACAGGGCAGGGCCACAGGUAGGGACCCAGCCAGCUCUCUGGGGUUUGGAGGAGUCAUGCCAAUGCCUCCAGAGCACUGUCAUCCUGCACACUCCAUGCUGAGAUGGUGAAAAGCAAUAGCAGCUGCUGUGUCUGCCUGGAUGCGGUUCCAUCGCCUGCACACCUGUCUGGCUCACCUGGGACAUGGACACGUCCAGAUUGUGCUUGAGAGCACUCAUGGGGCUCUCCAGGGGCUCCUCAACGUGCAACUGAAAUGACAGCUUGAGUGUUUUUUACACUUGUUCAAUCCAGUUUCUGUUAUGUUUUUGAAAAGGCAUAUGUUUAUUUUGUUUGUUUGUUUAUGGUUUGUUAUGGACAAUGUUUCUAUUGACUGACCCCAGCUUUUUCAAGAGUUCAGUCCAGACACCCGAAUUCCCGUUCAUUGGUCACGUCAUGAUCUGAGCAGGAUUCAUCCCUGCCUUGUUGUUUCUGCAUUAAUAACAUGUGGCUGGCUCCAGAAGGAUCAUGCACCAGCACCCUGCAUUAAGUAACACCUGCCUUCAUUAGGUGGCAGGCUUGGAAAUGGUACCUUCUGAAGGCUUUCAUUUGUAAUUUGCUUGUAUUUCUGAAUUAGCAGAAAUCUGGGUUAAAAUGGCAGUAGUUUGUGUCUUAAAGUUCUGUUCUAGACAGGUAUUGUACAGUGUGAAGGAGAGAAAGAGCUUGAAGCAUCACUCCAUCCAUGUGCUCCUGUCCUGUAUUUUAUGCUAUUCACAGGUGUCAGUACAUUUGUGUCCUUCCUCCAAGUGACAAUUCCAUAGCUGGAAAAAAAGAUCUAGUAUAACAUCACUUCUUAAUUUUACAGACCAAAACCAGAUCAGUGGGCUGAGGGAGAAUCUGAGAGGUUUCCAGAGGCUGCUUAUUAACAGUUCUGCAUUGAGCAGGUGACAGUAUUCUUACAAAGGGUCUGGAGAUGGUGCUGUCAGUGUCAGAAAUUGCCAAGGGAGCAAGAGGCAGCCAUUUGAAAUGUUUAAUUCCUGGUUUGCUUUGGGUCUUUUCACUCAGCAUGUUUCAUUUCUUACAUUUUGACAGCAGUUUUUGUCUGCUUGUUAUCUAACAAGAGUUCAGGUGGUUUGUUGCCCUCCAGAGUCCCUGUCAUUGUUUUCAGAAGAAUAUUUGCAAUUUGUAAACAGGUACAUACACCAAAAUAUACUGGGGAGGGAAUUUGAAAAUAAAAGAGCUAAUACAAAUCAAAACACCUAAAGAAUAAUGACCUGACCUAAUAAUUUAUUUCAUCCUGAGCUCUGCUUUCCAGGUAAGAGCUCACUGUUAAUUAUGCAGUGUGUGAUUUGGUUUUUCAGUGUAAAUACUCAGCUGUGAAGAAGCUUACUGUUACACAAGAAUUCACAGUUUCUGCUGAGAGUCAGAUGAUUUGAAUCACAUUUCUGCCUCCUGAGUCAGUCCACAGAAUCAACAAUUCAUCUCACAUUGAAAUUUCAUGCAGAGGUCAAACAUUUUGACUUGGCAGUGUCAUGAUGGCAUCUCAAAAUGCAACUGCUGGGGCUCACUGCAUUUAAUCUCCUCGUGGAUUUACUUGUUAAAUGUGAAAACCAGCUUCCAGUCAAAAUUUGCGUUUGUCAGAUUUUAUUCAAGAACACAUGUGUUUAUCCCUAAAACUUUGGCUGACUUGCUUCUUCAGUACAGAAAGAAGGAAACAAUAUUCCCCAUGCUUUUCUGUCCAUUUAGAACUAAUUGAACAUUUAGUUUAAUUCUGUUUUAUGUUCUUAGUCCCUAAAUUUCAGGGUAAUCUUGAGGUGAAGCUGAGUUACACAUCACUGAAGCCUGAACUUAGGAAAGCACUUAAGUAAAUGUUUUAUUCCAUCCUUCUUAAAAAAAAAAAAAAAAAAAAAAACCAAAAAAAAAAAAAACCCACCCAAAAAAACCCAAAACCCACAAUUAAUUUUGGACUUGCACUAAAAUUUAAUUACUCUCAACAGGUCUUCUAUAAGCAUACAUAAGCCCCUGUGUCAGUUGUCAUUUUUAGGCCUUUUAUUUAAGGGAGAUUGAGGCACAAAGGAAAAAGGCUUUAUAGAUGCAGUUUUGAAAGAGAAAUUAUUGAAAUCACAUAUGGUAAGCGGUCCCUUGGAUUUCACUGAUGACCUCUGGAUCAAAUCCCAAGGAAGUCAUUGCAAGAAGGGCAUUGAUGUUGGGGUGCAUCCAUUUCACAGGAUUAAUCUUGUCUUUCUCCAACAUUUUAAUUGUGGAUUGGUGGAAGUUACUUCUGUCUGUAGUGAAUGGAAAAAGAAAUGAGAGGAAAAAAAAAAAGGAGUAAUAGUGUUUUCCCUUUCUUGUGUUUUUCUUGAUUCUUGGUUCUGAGUAGCAUUAAACACAAUAGCCAGAUCAAGAUGCUUGUUUGCUCUGAAUGUAUACAGUUAUUUCAGAUGUCAAAUAUCCAAAUGUUUUGUAUAUGUAUGUAAUGCCAUCCACAACACUUGUUUCAUGUUAGAAACCUGAAAUGACUGUACCAUUUUAUAAUUAGACAUGUAAAGAGGGGACAGUGGGUGGGAGGGUCUGUUAUUUUUAUACCAAGAUGUUCCUUGUAUUUAGUGAACAUUUCAAACAGUUUUGUACUUGUCAAAAUAUAUACAUUCCAUCCAUUUCCAGAAGAGAAUUAUUUCUAUUUAGAGUAGUUUAUAAGCAAACCAAAAAAAAAAAAAAAAAGACAAAAGGUAGCAUCCCACUUAUCAGCAGUAUCCUGGUUUUCAGUGAUGGCUACAGAGCUUUUUCCAGCCGUGUCUCUUCUCACAUGCAGCACAGCCAUACCAGCAAAUGCCAGUGUUGUAAAGGGAAUUAAAAUCCCAAAUGAAAUAAGUACCACAUGAAAUAAAUACAACAUGGACCACAUUUUGUUAAGCUGUAAGUGCACAGCUUAACAAAAUGACUUCAUUAAGUUCAGAGACAAUGGCCCGUCCCAGAGAAAUUCUCCAAAGCACUCAUUCCUGCAUCUCUACUUUGAGAAACACCCACCAAAAGGCCAUGGCACAAUCAUCCUGAGGCAUUUGCAUGGGCCAUCCUCUUUCUUGUAUUUGGCUUUUUCAUCCCUUUCCCUGCUACCUGUGACGUGCUGCCAAAGCUGGGCAGUAGCAGUUUGUGAAGAUUUUUUUUUUUUUUUUUGCCUUUUUUCCCUUCUGUACAGUCUUGCAAAUAAACUUUUAACUCUUUGCUGACAUUUUAUAAGGUAUACAUCUUCCUCUCCAAUGCACUUUAUCUCUCUUGAAAAAUGUGGGAGUCGGAGAACUACCAUCUUAAAGGGAUUUGCCUGACAUCAUGAGACACAUACUUUUUAUUAUUUUGUGUCCUUUUUGCUUUGUUAAAUACUGUAAAUGCUAAAGAGCAUAGACAGUGACUCAGCUGGGGGAAAUACCGAAAUGUUGAGGCUAAUACUUGGAAGCAUUAAUCAGUAGUCCAACAUGGCUAUUUUUGCUAUAUAGAGGAUUAUAAUGUAAAUAUGUGAGACUGUGUUAUUAUGUACUAGUAAAAUAUUGCAACUCUCAAAGUUGAGAUGGUGAAUUCCAAUGAAUUUUAUUGCAGGUUUUUUUAAUAAAACAAAUCUGAUGA